UUUUUUAAUUUUGAGGUUAGGUGAACAAAUGAUGGAUAACAUAGAAUAUUUUUUAUCAAAAAAAUAAUGAGUUCAAAGAGUUUUUAAAAAUUUAUUUAAAUGAAUGAAAGUUGAUAAGAUAUAAUAAUUUAUUCAAAUUUUUUAAUCGCUUUUUAAUAUGCCAGUGUUAAAACAUGAUAUUGAACUUCCAACUUCAGUUCCUGAAUUAUUAUUGGAAAAGCAUGCAAAUUUUUUACUUUCUUAUGGCACUGAUAAGGAUGAAUAUAUGUAUUGUAUGACAGAGCAUAUGAGAAUGUCUGGAAUGUAUUGGGGUUUAACAGCAUUGGAUCUUAUGGGUAAAUUAGAACAAACAAAUCGAAAUGAAGUAUUGGAAUUUAUUGCUCAGUGUCAAACAGAAAGUGGUGGUAUAGCUGCUAGUUUACAACAUGACCCGCAUAUUCUUUAUACUUUAAGUGCAGUUCAAAUAUUAUGUAUAUAUGAUGCAUUGGACACUAUUGAUAUAGAAAAAGUUAUAAAAUAUGUAAAAGAAAGACAACAACCAGAUGGAAGUUUUACUGGUGACAUUUGGGGUGAAAUUGAUAUGAGAUUUUCUUUUUGUGCUGUGGCAACAUUAUCUCUUUUGAAUCGAUUGGAUGCCAUAGAUAUUAACAAGGCAAUUGAAUUUGUAAUGAAAUGUAUGAAUUUUGAUGGUGGUUUUGGAUCAAAACCUGGAGCUGAAAGUCAUGCUGGUAUGAUUUACUGCUCUAUAGGACUUUUAUCAAUAACUGAUAAUCUUCAUUUAAUAGAUGCAGAUCAAUUAAGUUGGUGGCUUUGUGAAAGACAACUUCCAUCUGGAGGUUUAAAUGGUAGGCCAGAAAAAUUGCCUGAUGUUUGCUAUUCUUGGUGGGUUCUUUCUGCACUUACAAUUUUAGGACGUCUUCAUUGGGUUGAUAAAGAACAAUUGGUAAAGUUUGUAUUAGCAUGUCAAGAUACAGAAUCAGGAGGAUUUAGUGAUCGUCCAGGCGAUAUUGCUGAUCCUUUUCAUACUCUUUUUGGCUUAACUGCGCUUUCCCUUUUAAAUACUGAUUAUCCUUUAAAAAAAAUUAACCCAACAUAUUGCAUGCCUGAAUAUGUAAUUCAAAGGUUACAUUUAAAUCCUUCAAGACUUGACCAAAGUAAUUGACGUUUAAUUAUAGAAAAUUUUUUAUUACAUUUAAAUAUUUAUAAAAUACUAUAACAAAAAG